GUGAUUUCAUGUCACCUUGUUAAUUGUUAUUCUUUUAUUAAUCACAAUUAAAAAAUUACAAUUAAUGUCCAAUUAAAAGUGUCUCUUCAUCCUCCCAACUCUGAGUGCCAACAAUAGACCUGAUUGUGAAUCUCUUAUUAUGAGAUUAUUUCAAAUUCUGAGUUGUAUUUUUUUCGUCUCACCUUCAGAAUCAGUUAAUUGUUAAUUUAUCUUUUAAUUUUAUUUUCACCCAUCAAUCAAAUCAUUUUCAUGGUGAAUUCAAGUAAUCUUAUAUUAUGUGUUUUACCAUUUCUUCAAUUACAACUCUGAUUAUGUUUCCAUGAUUGUUUAAAUCACCAAUUGAUCAUGAGUUUCCUUUCAACCUAAUUGUUACUUCUAGAUGACAACAACAAACAAUUAAGUUUACUUGAUCAACUGUUUGAACAAAUUAAUAACUGCUAAGUUAAUUAACUUAAAACAAUCAAAUUGUGACCAAUUGCUGAAUCAAAAAUGAGAUGACAUUAAACUUGAUCCAACAACAAAAUAAUUAACUGUUUACUUAAUAAUUUCAAGAUCAUCUUCUUUUAAUUGUUGCUGAUUUCUCACUUACAAUUAAUUACAAUAAUCAACAAUGAAUUUCAUCAUUACCUGUUCAUUGAUUAGCAGUCUCAUCACUUUAAUCACAUCAGAAUUACCGGAAACAAUCAAAAUUGGAGCCAUUUUCAGUUCAGGAGAUGACAAUUUAGCGUUAGCAUUCAAACACGCAGUUUGGAUUAACAAUGUUGCUCUUCAAGGGUCAAAGAUUGAAGCUCAUAUUGAACAAGUUGACCUAAGCGACAGUCUAAGUGCCGUUAAUGCAGCUUGUCGUUUAUUAGAUUCCGGUGUUUGGGCAAUUGUUUAUCCCUAUUCGGGGGUCAAUUCCUGGAUAAUCAGAUCGCUAACUGACCGACUUGGUAUUCCCUUUAUUCACACUGGACCUAAUUACUCAUAUUCAGUUAAAUUGUUUGCCAAUCAACCGAUUACACCAAAUUAUUCAGUUUCACUUUAUCCUGAUCUUAGAAAAUUAAACAAAGCGAUUCUAGAUUAUGUCAUGGAUAAUACUGAAUGGAAAUCAUUUAGUUUAAUCUUUGAUUCCAAUGAAAAUUUAAUCAAGAUUAAAGAUGCCCUGGCGAUCACUACCUACGAGAAUAGUAAACUGAUCAAAGCUCGAGAAUAUAAGUUCGAUCAAUCAAAUCCACCCGAAGUUCUGUUCAAAAGUAUAAUGAAAAAUCGUGAUUCUAAUUUCAUCGUCAGUGUUAAUCAAGAUAAUUAUAAUUCUAUUUUGGAAAAGCUUAAAUCAUUUUCAUUACUUGAUUUUUAUUGCAGUUACAUGUUCAAUGAUUUGGAUUUACAAUUUUGGAAUCUAAGUGAUCCUGAAUUAAGUGCUUUCAAUGUAACGGGAUUUAGAUUGUACAAUGGUUUGGAUGAACGAACCAAAAUCCGUUUCAAUGCUCAGGAAUGGAAGACAGGCCAAUAUGAUGCUUCUUCGGACAGCGUUCAAUUAACGCUUAAUUUGGCUUUAAUUUAUGAUGCCGUUACGUUAUUUGCCCGAUCAUUAACUGGACUUUCACAAUUAACUGAUCAAAUUUUUGCUCCAUCGGUUUCUUGUGGUCUCAAUGAUACAUGGAUUUUGGGUAAAUCAUUAGUUAAUCAAAUGAAAAAGAUUGGGGUCAAUGGAUUAACUGGAUCAUUAACUUUCGAUGAUGAAGGUAAUCGAGAGAAAUUAAUUUUAUCGUUAAUCCGACUCAAGGAAGGCCAAUGGUCAGAGAUUGGUUCAUGGGAUUCAGAUUCAGGAAUAAAUAUAACAACUGAAGUUCAAGCUGAAGAAAAAAGUGCCAUCGAAUAUUUGAAAACAACUAAAUUGAAAUUAAUUGUUGUUGAGAAUAUUCCAUAUGUGAUGAAGAAACCAGAUUAUGCAAAUAUGACCGGCGAUGAAUUUGAUAAAUAUGAAGGAUUUUGUAUUGAUUUGUUGAGACAAAUACAAGAAUCAUUGUCCAUCUCUGGUUACGAUUUGACCAUUUACACGGGUAAAGGUUAUGGAAGUCGAAACAAAAAGAACGGAACUUGGACUGGAUUGAUUGGUGAAAUGUUGGACAAGAAUCACGAUUUAGCGACAACCGAUCUGACCAUUACCCAUGAACGGCAAACUGGAGUGGACUUUACGAUUCCCUUCAUCACUUUGGGCAUUUCGAUCUUACAUAGUAAACCUAAAGCUGCAGCUUUGAACCUUUGGGCUUUUCUUGACCCUUUUUCACUUGAGGUUUGGUUAUACACGGCGACCGCUUUUAUCGGUGUGAGUUUGCUCAUGUACAUUGUAGCUCGAAUUAGUCCCUACGAAUGGCUUAAUGAUCAUCCAUGUGACGAAGAACCGGAAGAGUUGACCAACACUUUUUCAAUUGGAAACUGUUUGUGGUUCAGUUUGGGAUCUAUUAUGCAACAAGGUUCAGAUUUAGGUCCAAAAUCGAUCUCAACACGAUUAGUGGCCUCAGCAUGGUCAUUUUUCACCUUAAUUAUGGUCUCAUCUUACACCGCUAAUUUAGCCGCUUUCCUGACAGUGGCCAAAAUGGACGUACCAAUUGAAAACGCUGAGGAUCUCGCGAUGCAAUCAAAAGUAGGCUAUGGAUGUUUAAAAUCAGGAUCAACUCGAAAAUUUUUCCAGAAUUCGGAUUAUACGACGUACCAACGAAUGUAUUCCUCCAUGGAAUCGGCUGAACCUCCAGUUUAUACGGAAACAAAUUCUGAUGGAGUUCGAAGAGUCCUAAAAGGAAACUACGCUUUUCUUAUGGAAUCACUAUCGAUAACAUACAAUGUCAAUCGCUAUUGCAAUUUAACACAAGUUGGUGAUCUGUUAGAUCAAAAAGGUUACGGAAUAGCCAUGAGACCUGGAUCACCAUUUAGAACAAUUUUCUCGAAUGAGAUUCUUCGGCUUCAAGAGCAAGGUCGAAUCGAUGAGCUUAAAAGAACUUGGUUCGAAGAUUAUCCAAAUGAGAUUCGAGCUCUUGAAAAUCCAUUGGAAGCUGAAUGUCCACCUGAAGUUCUUGAUUCAGAAACAACAAGUGCUCUUGAUGUCGCAAAUGUGGGUGGUGUUUUCAUCGUUCUAGUUUGUGGUCUAAUCAUUGGCGUUAUUUUUGUAGUGAUUGAGUUCAUCUGGAAAGCUAAGAAAGUUUCUCGUCAUGAAAGGGAACACACGUUCAGAAUGAUGAUCAACACUCUUUGGGACAUUUGUAAGGGCAGAAACACAACGGUCAAUGAAUUUCGUAAAAAAUCAACUUCCGAUGGGACACAAAGUAUUAGCACGGAAAAUGGUUCACGAGGAAAUCGAGUUAACAAUAUAAGUCGCCAAGUGUCCAAAGUUGAGAGUAACAAAUUAAUCUAAUCCUUUACAUGUAAUCCAUAUAGUAGAUUAACAGAUAUUAAUAGUUUGGUGGUAAGAAAAAUGAAUAAUUAAUUUCUGACAGUUUGAGAUUGAUUUGUCAUCUUAUUACAGAUUAUUAUCUUUUGUCCUCAUCAUAUUUCAUCAGCGACGAUGAAUUCAUGUUCACUUGUCAAUCUCAUCAACACAAUGAAAAUAUCAAAUCUCAUUGAAUGUUAUCACUGUCAAAUAAAACUAAUGAUUUAAAUUGUA